CGCCUCUGAAUCUCGCUACGCAGACUCUAUUAAGCAGACGGCUUCGCUGGUGUGUGUGCGCGCGCGCAAGACUGGGUGACACGGUGGCCCAGGCCCCAGGACUGUUUCUGACAGGUGUUCUCACAAGUAGGGGCGCCUCCGCGCCAGCGACAAAGAGCCACGGACCCAGGACUCUCUAGCGCCAUGGGCAGCAGCUGCCGCAUCGAAUGCAUAUUCUUCAGCGAAUUCCACCCAACUCUGGGACCAAAGAUCACCUAUCAGGUCCCUGAGGACUUCAUCUCCAGGGAGCUAUUUGACACCGUCCAAGUAUACAUCAUCACCAAGCCAGAGCUACAAAACAAGCUCAUCACUGUCACAGCCAUGGAAAAGAAGCUGAUCGGCUGCCCUGUGUGCAUUGAACACAAGAAGUAUAGCCGUAAUGCCCUUCUCUUCAACCUGGGCUUCGUGUGUGAUGCCCAGGCCAAGACCUGUGCCCUGGAGCCCAUUGUUAAAAAGCUGGCUGGCUACCUGACCACACUGGAGCUAGAGAGCAGCUUCGUGUCCACAGAGGAGAGCAAGCAGAAGUUGGUUCCCAUAAUGACAAUCUUACUGGAGGAGCUGAACGCCUCUGGCCGGUGCACUCUACCCAUUGAUGAGUCCAACACCAUCCACUUGAAGAUGAUCGAGCAGCGGCCAGACCCUCCUGUGGCUCAAGAGUAUGAUGUACCUGUCUUUACCAAGGACAAGGAGGAUUUCUUCAACUCACAGUGGGACCUCACCACACAACAGAUCUUGCCCUACAUUGAUGGUUUCCGCCACGUCCAGAAGAUCUCUGCUGAGGCAGACGUGGAGCUCAACCUGGUGCGCAUCGCCAUACAGAACCUGCUGUACUAUGGUGUUGUGACACUGGUGUCCAUUCUCCAGUAUUCCAAUGUGUACUGCCCAACGCCCAAGGUCCAGGAUCUUGUAGAUGACAAGUCCCUACAGGAGGCAUGUCUAUCCUACGUGACCAAGCAAGGGCACAAAAGAGCCAGUCUCCGGGAUGUGUUCCAGUUGUACUGCAGCCUGAGCCCUGGCACUACUGUACGAGACCUCAUUGGUCGCCACCCCCAGCAGCUGCAGCAUGUUGAUGAACGGAAACUGAUCCAGUUUGGGCUUAUGAAGAAUCUCAUCCGACGACUACAGAAAUAUCCUGUGCGGGUGUCUCGAGAGGAGCGAAGCCACCCUGCCCGGCUUUACACAGGCUGUCACAGCUACGAUGAGAUCUGCUGCAAGACAGGCAUGAGUUACCAUGAGCUGGAUGAGCGUCUGGAAAAUGACCCCAACAUCAUCAUCUGCUGGAAGUAAAGCUUUCCUGAAUGGGCAUAUUACUGUGGCUACUCCCUUCUGCUAAACCCUGCCCAAUACAUGGGGGCUAGAUAAGUAGGCUAGUUCAUAUACUCUGGAGGUUGACCCUCAGUUCUGUAAAUAAAAUCAUUGACUUCAA